GUUGGAGGCUUUCGGUGUGUAGGAACAUCUCUCUGGAGAUCUGACGUGGGGUUCAACAUCCCAGUUACGCUGAGCAGUCACACAUCUGACCAUUCUCACGAUGCAAGCCCUGCAGAUUGGCGCCGUGGUUUGUGCUUUCAUCAGCCUUCUGCUGCUCCUCAUUGCCCUGGGCUCAGACUACUGGCUGGCAAAUGCCUUGAACAACACUGGCCUCUGGAAAUAUUGUGUCAAUGUUGGGCCAAUUUAUUCUUGCAGUUCAUAUGGGAUGAAUGUGGAAGAUUUCCUCCAGGCUACCCGAGCCUUCAUGUUCCUCGGGAUGAUCGCUGGAGCCGUCUCUUGCAUUGGUCUUUGUGGCACCUUUAUCGGCUUGCAACUUGGCUCCAUCUCCAAGGCCAAGGCCUCAGCCAUAGCCAGCUUUGUUGCAGCUCUUUGCGUCCUAAUUGCCAUGGCCACCUUUACAGGGAGUUUGGGAACAGAGGCCAGUUAUGGAUGGUCUUUUGGCUUAGGCUGGGCCUCCUUUCCUCUCUUCCUUAUAACUGGUGGGCUGGCUUUCCGCCUGAAUGCUGCUGCAACAGAAUGAGGAAAAGUGUGUGCUACAUUUUCAGAUGAGCUGUGUUGAUGUCACAGACACAGUCUGCACUGGGACAAGCUGGACCUGAAGGAAAUGACGAUACUUUCAUGAUGAAGCUGAUACAUUAUACAAUAGCAGUGGCAUUAAGGAAUGGCAAAUUCACAGCACAUUGCAAUCUGUUAAGUGAAUACUAAACCAGCCAACUUAGUGCCCUCCCAAUGCUGUUGUGUUACAAAUUAGGGCUGCCAUAUCUUCAAAACCAAAGAAGAGGACAUAAAAAUAUCAUAAUAAAUAAAUAAUGGUAAUAAUAAGGGGGACGGUAGGCUUUGUGAAACUGCUCAGCUGAGCAGUUAAAGGGCUGGGCUGGGGGUUCUGUA